CAAGUAUGACAAGUAAUCGCCAGUAUUCGGUAUUGUCAAGCGAUGAAACUGAGCCUUUUUCUAUCGUAUGAUUUCUAAAAUUUGUUAGUGCCAAGGGAUAUUGAAUACAUAAAGGUGCAAUAAUGUUUUUAACGAACGUCCUUUUGAAGAAGGCUAAGAGCAAAAUGAUUAUGGUUUUAAUGGAAAGCGUUGUAUCUGGGCACCAAUGUAUGAAAAUAAGGGAGCGCUUGGCUGACAAAUUAGAGUUCAUACGUUUCGACCCAUACAUUCAGCAGGACAGUUUGUACAAGGAGAGGAAGAAGAUCAGGAGCAUAAAGUCAUCAUAGGUGUGUUGUUAGUAUUAUAUGUAUGUAGUAUUAGGCUAAAAUAAUAAACAACAUGUUUUAAAUGUUAUAA